AACCGGUUUCUAUCUUAAAUUCCAAUAUAAAAACUUAAUAAAACAUAUACAGCCGUUAUUGUAUUUUUACGCGAACCGCAGACAGGCGUGCACGGCGUCGUCGCUCACCAGCACGUUAUUUACACAAAUAUUCUGAUCGUAGCAUUUUUUGCUGAUUUUUUUGGAGUCAAGAUGCCCAAAAGAAAGGCUGAUGGUGACAAAGCCGCCAAAGGCAAGGAGGAGCCCACAAGACGCUCAGCAAGAUUGUCUGCUAAGCCAGCUCCCCCUAAACCAGAACCAAAACCCAAAAAAGCUGCCCCUAAGAAGGUCGCCAAGGGGAAGAAGGGCAGCAACCCUGCUGAAAAUGGAGAUGCCAAGGCAGACCAGGCACAGAAGGUUGAAGCUGCUGGUGAUGCCAAAUGAAAAGCUGAUUGUCUGAUCCUUCUAUGUACUUGGUGACUGUACAGUUUGAAAUAACUAUUUUUUACCAAGUUUUAUAUUACGAAUAACAUUUGACUUGCUUUUGAUGUACUGAUUGAUUUGACAUGAGUUACUAUGUUUCAUUCAUAUCCAUUUGUAUCCCAUUUUUAAAAUCAGACCUUCUUUAUCUUGCCUAAAUGGUUUCCCUGCAUUAAAUCUGUUUUUUAAAAUGGUGGAAUGCAACAAAGUUGACCUAAAUUUUGUGUAUUUCUUCUUCAUCUUUCUUUCUUUAUCUUUGGAUUUUAAAAAACCAAACAUCCUCAAAAGGCAGCUUAAGAGUGUUUCUAAAAUAUUGUCAGAAGGGUUUUCACCAUGUUGUUAGCAUUUAAUCUUAAAAAUACUGUGUUUUCAUAUUUUUUUUUUCUUUAAGGCAGUUGUCACAAGAAAAAAAUUAAUUAAUAGGGAAACGAUGAUUAAAUUACAAUGUGAACUUUAAAUUUCCUUAGAGGUGUGUGUUUGAAUUUGUCUUUUUUAUUAUUAUUAAGUAAUGUUCUGAAACAGUGGAUGGAUAUUCAGUGACUCUGCUAAAUGCUUUGUUUUAAAUGGUUUUGAAUAAUAAAAUAAAAAAACUGUCCAGAACUAA